CCGAAACAAAUUCUUUUGUUGACACCCGGCGGUGUGUUUCACGGACAAGUGGAUAAUCUGUGUGGUCGAGAAAUAUGUCAGUGAAUGCAGAGAGCUUCCACAAAUAUCAGAAAUGGCGGAGAGCAUCACGGGGUGUCAGAGCGGUCACAUGUUUGUGGUGUCAGAUGGCCUCGGACUGCUAUUGCUGUUCUGGUGGUUGGUGCAAUUGUUGGCUUCUUGGCAAUCUUGUUGCUUCUCUUUGUCGGCAUACUUGCUAUCAAUGGCCGAGCCCGAAGAUCUGCUAAUGGGGCCGUGAAGCAUGACAGUUUUGAUAUCUGCUGCCACCUAGUGAAGUCGUCCGAUUCUGAUAGAGAGAAAGAGGAGAACGACCUGAAGCAUACAGCAGGAGAGACGGCCGUUCAUGUCGGAAUAGACCUUCGACCGUCAGAUACCGAGAAGUCAAGGUUUUUCACGUACAAAGAGCUUGCUGCAGCCACAAACAACUUUAGUGACAGGCACAAGAUAGGCGAUGGUGGCUAUUGUGCAGUAUAUCGCGGUCUUCUUCAAGGCAAGGCCUUCCACGAUUCAGGCCCCAAUUUCGGAUCUCAGGGUCAGAAUGCCCAGGUCAAGAAAAGGCCGAGUUGUUAAACUCAGAAAAGUCACAGUCGGGUACCUCAGCAGUCUGGUCCAACAGGCACCCAGCAAACAGUCACAUGUCAGGGACAAGAGUCACGUUCCAUAAUAAAAAGUCAUUUAGAAG